GGCCCGGCGAUCUCGCCGCGGCCGCCGCGAGGGUGUGAGCGCGCGUGGGCGCCCGCCGAGCCGGGGCCAUGGUGCAGCAAACCAACAACGCCGAGAACACGGAAGCGCUGCUGGCCGGCGAGAGCUCGGACUCGGGCGCCGGCCUCGAGCUGGGCAUCGCCUCCUCCCCCACGCCCGGCUCCACCGCCUCCACGGGCGGCAAGGCCGACGACCCGAGCUGGUGCAAGACGCCCAGCGGGCACAUCAAGCGGCCCAUGAACGCCUUUAUGGUGUGGUCGCAGAUCGAGCGGCGCAAGAUCAUGGAGCAGUCGCCCGACAUGCACAACGCCGAGAUCUCCAAGCGGCUGGGCAAACGCUGGAAGCUGCUCAAAGACAGCGACAAGAUCCCUUUCAUUCGGGAGGCGGAGCGGCUGCGCCUCAAGCACAUGGCUGACUACCCCGACUACAAGUACCGGCCCAGGAAGAAGGUGAAGUCCGGCAACGCCAACUCCAGCUCCUCGGCCGCCGCUUCCUCCAAGCCGGGGGAGAAGGGAGACAAGGUCGGUGGCAGCGGCGGGGCCGGCCACGGGGGCGGCGGCGGCGGCGGGAGCAGUAACGCGGGGGCAGGAGGCGGCGGCGGCGCCAACUCCAAACCGGCGCAGAAAAAGAGCUGCGGCUCCAAAGUGGCGGGCGGCGCGGGCGGCGGGGUCAGCAAACCGCACGCCAAGCUCAUCCUGGGAGGCGGCGGCGGCGGGAAAGCAGCGGCCGCCGCCGCCUCCUUCGCGGCCGAGCAGACGGGGGCCGCCGCCCUGCUGCCCCUGGGCGCCGCCGCCGCCGACCACCACUCGCUGUACAAGGCGCGGACUCCUAGCGCCUCGGCCUCCGCGGCGACCUCGGCCUCCGGUUCCCUCGCCGGCCCGGGCAAGCACCCGGCCGAGAAGAAGGUGAAGCGCGUCUACCUGUUCGGCAGCCUGGGCGCGUCCUCGUCGCCCGUCGGCGGUGUGGGCGCGGGCGCCGACCCCAGCGACCCCCUGGGCCUGUACGAGGAGGGGGGCGCGGACGGGCCGAGCCUGAGCGGCCGCAGCAGCGCCGCCUCCUCGCCAGCCGCCGGCCGCUCGCCCGCCGACCACCGCGGCUACGCCAGCCUGCGCGCCGCCUCGCCCGCCCCGUCCAGCGCGCCCUCGCACGCGUCCUCCUCGGCCUCGUCUCACUCCUCCUCGUCCUCGUCCUCGGGCUCCUCGUCCUCCGACGACGAGUUCGAAGACGACCUGCUCGACCUGAACCCCAGCUCAAACUUUGAGAGCAUGUCCCUGGGCAGUUUCAGCUCGUCGUCGGCGCUGGACCGGGACCUGGAUUUUAACUUCGAGCCCGGCUCCGGCUCGCACUUCGAGUUCCCGGACUACUGCACGCCCGAGGUGAGCGAGAUGAUCUCGGGAGACUGGCUCGAGUCCAGUAUCUCCAACCUGGUCUUCACCUACUGA